UAAUGGUUAACCGGUUCAUCCGGUUCUUAUCUUCUUUGGUAAAAUCCAGACCAAGCCGAAACCCUCGACCCCCUUUUUCUUCUCAUGAUUCUUUCUCUAUCAUCGAAUUUUUGCUCUCAUAAUAUCAAUUGAUGUAAUUUACCCCCUCAAGGUUAAAGCUGAUGCAAGAAAUGGCAUUUGGGUUUGAGCCAGUGCCCAUUAGCUCACAAAAACAUGACCCAGCUUGGAAACAUUGUGAAAUGUUUAAGGAUGGGGAUAGAGUUCAGCUUAAGUGUAUAUAUUGUGCAAAAGUUUUUAGGGGUGGUGGUAUUCAUAGGAUUAAAGAGCACUUAGCUUGUCAAAAGGGUAAUGCAUCCACUUGCCACCGGGUUCCAUCUGAUGUCCGAGAGGCAAUGCAACAAAGCCUAAAAGGUGUGGUGGUGAAGAAGAAGAGGAAGCAGAAGACGGUUGAUGAGAUCACUAUGGCUAGCAUUAAGGCACCCUCUAAUGAUGACGUUGAUGGUUUCGCUAAUGAGUGUGGUGGUGCUAGCACUGAGAUUCAUUUGAUCGCGAAUUCUAAUGCUCUUGAGCCUAACUCGACGAUGAUGGCUCCUCGAGAGGAAGGGAUGAGUAUUAGAGUCCCGGGGAAGAGGAAACGGGGAAGGCCUCCUAAACAAGCCUUGCUUUCCAUGGUUGGUAAUGGUGCUUUAGUUCCUGUUAGUGAUAGUCAUGUUGCGAAUGAGAUGGAGGUCUCAUCGAAGAAGGUGAACUCUCAAGUUCAUUUAGCAAUAGGGCGUUUCUUAUAUGAUAUCGGGGUUCCGUUGGAUGCUGUAAAUUCGGUCUAUUUUCAGCCGAUGCUUGAUGCCAUUGCUUUGGAUGGGACCGGAGUUGUGGGACCCUCACAUCAUGAUCUUCAAGGUUGGAUUCUGAAGAGUGCAGUUAAUGAUGUGAAGGCUGAUAUGGACUAUUGUGCAAGGGCAUGGGGGCGCACGGGCUGUUCUGUUUUGGUGGAGGAAACUAACAUAGGGAAGGAAAAGGAAAUGACAGUCAUCAACUUUCUAGUGUAUUGUCCUGAAGGCACAAUGUUCUUGAAAUCAAUAGAUGUGACCAACAUUAUAGAUUCUGCUGAAUCUAUGUUUGAAUUAAUCAAGGAGGUGGUGGAAGAAGUUGGACCUAAAAAUAUAUUGCAAGUGAUUACACCCAAUGAGGAAGGUUAUGCUGCUAUAGGUAAAAGGCUUUCUGACACUUACCCUACCUUGUAUUGGGCUCCUUGUGCAGCUAAUUCAAUAAUUCUGAUGCUUGAGGACAUGGGGAAAUUCGAAUGGAUAAAUGCUGUACUAGAACAAUGUAAGUCGAUCACGAGGUUUAUCUAUAAUCAUAGUGUUGUCCUAAACAUGAUGCGGAGGUAUACCUUUGGUGUGGAUUUAGUGGUGCCUGAUCUUAGUCCUUCUGUCACCAGUUUUAGAACUGUAAAACGAAUGAUCGACCUGAAACACAAUUUGCAAGCUUUAGUUACAUCACAGGAGUGGGUGGAUUCAUAUUAUUCUAAAAAGGAUGGGGCAUUGGCUAUAUUGGAUUUCGUCAGCGACCACUCUUUCUGGUCCUCCUGCAACCUAGUUGUCCUCCUAACUGAUCCAAUUUUGAGAGUGUUGAGCAUUGUCAGAAGUGAGAAAAAACCUGCCAUGGGUUAUGUAUAUGCAGGACUAUACCGAGCCAAAGAGGCCAUGAAAAGAGAGUUCAGAAAGAGUGAAGAGUAUUUGACUUAUUGGAGUAUCAUCGAUCAGAGGUGGGAACGGCAUCAGCAAUUACCCCUGCAUGCUGCAGGCUUCUACCUCAAUCCAAAGUACUUUUACAGCAUUGAUGGAGAUUUACCAGGUACCAUUGCCUCGGGAAUGUUUGAUUGCAUUGAGAGAUUAGUUCUCGAUACAAAAACCCAGGAUAAAAUUAUCAAAGAACUCAAUUCUUACAAAACAGCUGCUGGGGAUUUCGGACGGAAGAUGGCAAUUCGAGCUAGAGAGAACCUUCUACCUUCUGAAUGGUGGUCUACAUAUGGAGGGGCCUGCCCAAACCUCUCACGACUAUCUAUCCGGAUUCUUGGUCAAUGUUGCAGUUUGACACAUUGCAAUAUAGAUCUAAUUCCACUUGAGCAAAUGCACAACACUGUCAACAGUCUCGAACAUCAACGACUCAACGAUCAGGUCUUCACACAGUAUAAUCUACGGCUAAGACAAAUGGCUCAGAAAAGCAAAGAAGAUGACAAUACGGACCCACUAUCAUUGGACAACCAUGCUAGUGUUGCUGACUGGAUAGCUAGAAAAGAAUUAUGUUUGGAUGACCAUGGAAGUUCUGACUGGAUGGCAAUUGAGCUGCCCUCACCGAGCAAAAUGCGUUUAAAACCUUCUUCAGUUGAUGAAGUUGAAGAACUAGGUAAUGGUUUUGAUGACUAUGAAAUAUUUGGUGGAGCAAAGGAUGACGAGGAUGCUCUUGCAGAGUGCAUUGCAGACAACAUAGAAGGCCAGUAACAGCAAAUGAGCUUUGACUCUCUUCAAAACUUCUAUUAGUAGAAAAUUCAUCUCUCCUAAUGCUAGUCUGUCUUCUGAUCAUAUAGAUAAAAUAUGCUUGUACAUGUUAGUCUGUCUUCUGAUCAUAUAGAUGACAUAUGCGUGUACUAUUUUUUUUUCCCCUCGUUCUUGUGUUCGAGAAAAAUGAGUACACACUAUGAGAGUACAUUUGAGGUCGCUCACUACCAACAUGAGAAGAACAUCAACAGGAACUGGCGUGCAUUACUGGAAUAUAGAGAAUGAAGCCAUUGGUAUGACAUGAACAUAAUAGAUAACAACAGGGGUAUACUUAAACCAAUUGUUAAACUCCGGUACAGGUUUAUCGGCCGAGGAAACACAUGUAUAUCCUGGGUAUGUAAGGGCUGCUUCUAGCUCUUGCUUUAGUCUUUAGAUAAGGCAGAAUGUCAGUGUGAAUAUGUAGAUUAAAUUACUGAAUGUAAUGUAGUACUUUUUCUUGAUGUGCUGCAACUGUAAUAUAAGGUAGAAUUGACAUAACUAAUGAUAUUAAUCUUCCAUA